AUGUCUAACCCAGAAGAUUACACUGUCGGUUGGAUUUGCGCCAUCACCACUGAAUAUGUUGCCGCUCAAGCGUUCCUCGACGAAAAGCAUGACCCCCUAGCGUAUCUGCCACCCCACAACAAAACUGACUACACUUUGGGAAGAGUUUGGAAACACAAUUUGGUGAUUUCCGUUUUACCCAUGGGAGAAUACGGCACGAAUUCGGCAGCUCGGGUGGCAGAAGACAUGAUGCAUAGCUUUCCGAAUAUCCGUAUCGGCCUUAUGGUCGGCAUCGGUGGCGGCGCGCCAAGCCAGAAGCAUGAUAUCCGCCUAGGAGAUAUUGCGAUUAGCAUCCCCCGCAAUAGCCAGGGCGAUCAGCCACCCACCGUUCUACGCGCAGCUGUAAAUGGACUCGAAGCCCAGUAUGAGAGCGAAGGAAACCAACUUAAUGAAGCAGUCUAUAAGAUCCUCGAGAAGAAGCCGCGACUACGAAGGAAAUAUCAGCGCCUAGAUCUAGCUAGUGAUCGGCUGUACCGAAGUCAGGUUGUUUAUCCCGUGGACGGCGAUUUAACUUGCACUUUGAGUUGCGGUGAAGAUCCAUCCUGCCUAGUUCCACGAUCUCCCCGCACCGAAGAGGAUGAUAACCCGGCCAUUCAUUACGGCCUUAUUGCCUCAGCCAACCAACUCAUGAAGGACGCUUUGAUUCGAGACAAAUUGGUUGCGCAAAAAGACGUUCUGUGCUUUGAAAUGGAAGCAGCUGGGUUGAUAAACCACUUUCCUUGUCUAGUGAUCCGAGGCAUCUGCGACUAUGCCGACUCGCAUAAGAACAAAGCCUGGCAGGGGUAUGCGGCCAUGGUUGCAGCUGCGUAUGCCAAAGACCUUUUGUAUCGAAUUGCUCCCCAGCAGGUGGAACAAGAGACAAAAAUUGUCAAUGUUCUAAAGGAAGGAGAUCACUAUACAAACAUCACUUUCGGAAACCACAACUCUGGCUUUCAGGUUGGCGUGAAUGAUGGCCCAAUUAAUGCGACGUUCGGGGCCAAGUGA